UGAUGACUGCUGAGUGCUGUUGUUCAAACUCAACGACCUACAAAAUGUUACAGUUACUACCACAAUGUAUGUCCCGCAUGAUUGGUGUGCUAGAUCGUAUGCUCUGAACUGCGCAUUUGCUGUAACACUGAACCUGUACUAGAAAUAAUACUCAUAGUCAUACUCAUACUAGUCAUGGCGGACGGGAACACGGGUAGAGGAAGAGAGGAGGAUCGUCCUGCUCAGGCAGUGCCGCCGGCAUCAUCGUCCAGUCUCGAGCCACAAAGCCAGGGAAGAAGCAAAUCGGCUGCUGCCAGGAGGAAAGUGGCGGUCAAUCAGAUGCAAGAUCUUCUUCACGAAGCGCUUAUCGACACGGGCCAUGUGCAGAGAUGUGCGCUGGUAAUGCUGAAGGACGGCAGCGUGCGCGCUACCAGCUUGGGCUAUCAGCCCUGCAAGAAGAGCAUCGCCAGCAUCAUCAGAAACUUCAAGCAGCCGCCUAUCCGUCGGCUAAGGGAGAUCGGCUUUGAGGGCAGACUGCACACGUGCAUGCGCAAUGACUCCGUGUCACUGUAUGCACGAGAUACAGACACCGGUAGAAGUGGGUUUGUUGCGACCAUGACGUCAACGUUCAUCAUCUAUGCUACGUACACAUCUGGCAUGUAUGCUAGCGUAUGUGUGGAAGCUGUCGAGAAGCUAGGUGACUACAUCCGUGAGAAAGGGAAAUAGCAAGUUAAUGAUGUUGAGAAUGGAGAACUUAUGAUCGCCACAUGUUCGAUGUGAUGCAUCCGAGUAUACCGGCCACCGUAGCAGGCAUUAGCUAGCCUCAAGCAGGUCUGUGACAUUGCGCAAACAAGGUAGCAAUUGCGAAGGUGUGCCGAGAGCUAGUGCUGAUGAUAUCUGCAAGUACAUGCUACUCCCAUGCCAUCACCAGCCAAGGUCUAUUGUGACUAUUGUCACUGACAGCGAUUACUCUAGAGCGAAGUAAGGACCAGUCAAGCCACGCCUUUGAUCGAGGAGAUCUCAUCAGAAGACUUUUUGAGCUGGAACUGCACGCACAGAACAUGGCCGCUAUCUGGCACAGGGCCCGUUGCUAUGAAUAACCUUUCCGGAAGUCCAAUCAGGCUCCUAUCAGUCAGUGCAGGUCUGCAUGAAUUGAUAUGCCCGGCCUGAACGUCGCACAGUGAAGGGAAUGGCUUCUCUCUGUAUCUCAGUAUCACUAACAUGUCAAUCUCCUCAACGGAUCACAUCUGCCCUUUCACAGCAUUCUACAGGACUACAGUAAUCAAGGUGAGCAGACUGAAUAUUAGCACUGGCUUGUUACGGGUGCAGAAUUUCAGAGCUGCAGAAUCUUCGGACAGCGUCUGAAUGUCCGAUCACAUGACUGGCCUCUAGCAUGCAGUUCUCAACGUACAGUUUGAAUCAGGGAAUCCAAACUGGCUACAAUCAUCAUUGUACAUUGUACAUUGUACAUUGUACAUUGUGCUGCACACUGACGCACAGUGAUGAUUUCUGUGCAUGUGCAUGUACAUGACUGUACGUCUGGUGUAUACUGCCCUGCACCUGCUGUGCUCUGGCCAACUGCAUGCCGCAGCACGCUGCCAUGCUAUUCCUGUUGUCACUGCAUGUGUAUACGUGUAUAACUCAGCAGCCUCGGUAAUACUAUACAAUGUAUUGUAGAAAGCCAUUCAGCCUGAGGAACGUGAUGGACUCAUACGCAUUUUGAGAUUCCCUACCACGUGCCUUGUGCACAUGUCUGUCGAAAAUCCACAACUGUUGACGUGCAUGCUACGGCUUCACCUGUACAUGUAUCGGUAUUACCAAUUUACUAUACUCUGCAUAAUAAUUAUGUCUUCGGUGUGGCCUUAGUGGCCUAGCCGACAAAACACCGGUAAUAGCUACAUUCUCUAGGUACUACUCUGACUAGUCUCAUAUUUAUUUUAGGGCCGUUCCACUGAAGAAUAUUUCACUGCAUCACACGCACACUUCUCAUGUGUCUAUUUCCGUGCCGCUUUCUAUCGGAGUGGAUCGUCACGCGCUAGUCUCAUACAAUGCAUUUAAAGGUCUUGGUUUUUGACAAUGUGCGGACUGUUGAUACGUACUCUCUUACACUACAUAUUCUACAUAGCAACGUGAUUCACGGUUGACUAGCGCACGCUGUA